CAGCAGCAGCAGCAGCAACAGGGAACGGGAAGAAGUACAAAUAUGCGCGGUGUGGGGGGCCCACUUCUCUGCAUCGGUGAUCUCCUGAGCGACGUCGCCGGCGACGACGACGACGGCGGCGACGGCGGCGGCGGCGACGGCGGCGCGAUCCCUUCCGCCGCCGCUGCGGUGGAGAUCCCUAUGGAGCCUCUUCAACCCUCCGAUCUCCCCGGCAUCUUCGAGGAAAAUUACGAUCAGCUGAUCAAGUCGUUAGAAGGGAACGACCACUCGUGGACAACUUUGAUGCUGAAGUUGUGCGCUGCUCUAAGGGCAGCUGAUAAAUUAGUCAAUUCUGCGAGUGUAAAUGCCGAAUCGUUGUUGGAGAAGGUAGCGGUGCUCGAGAGCAUUCUAAAAAGGGGUGAUGCGGCCGUGGCAAUGGCAAAAGAUAUAAAGAUUACGCAGAUGAACAAGUAGUUUUCGACCUUCUACAUGAGUAGUUUAGGAUGUUAAUCAUGUCAACAUGGAGCUUGAUAACCAUAAGAAAAAGUGGAACGAUUUGUUUUGCACUUUUUGUGUAAUUGUGAGCUUAAGGCAAUGUAGUCACAGUGACCGUUCUUCUGUUUUAUUGUGGGGGGAAAUGUAAUCCCUGUACCAUUGCAAAUUGAAUCCGGAAACUUUUCAUAUGAGUAUUUUAACCCUUCAACUAUUUCAGUUA